AUGUCCUUCGCCGCUGCUCGAAUUGCCAGCCCCCUCCGGAGCGCCUUCGUGGCGGCUCCCAAGGUCCGGGUGUGCUCCUCGUCCCUCCGCACCGCCUCGAAGCCCGCUUGGAACGCAUUCUCCAAUACCCGAAGAGGCUUCUCGCAGAGUACUUUCUGGCAAGCGAAGAAAUACACCGAACAGCACGAAUGGGUCGAAUUGUCCGCAGAUAACAAAACAGCCACCAUCGGCAUCACUGAGUACGCCGCAAACGCCCUCGGAGACGUCGUUUACAUCGAGCUCCCCAGUGUCGAUGCGUCAGUCACCGCUGGCGAGACCAUUGGCGCCGUGGAGUCCGUCAAGUCUGCCUCCGAUAUCUUGUCCCCCGUUUCCGGCACUGUCGUCGAGACCAACACUGUAUUGGAAGACAAACCGAAGACCGUGAACGACUCCCCUGAAGCCGACGGAUGGUUUGUCAAGGUCGAGGUUACUAACCCCAGCGAGCUGGACGGAUUGAUGGAUGAAGCGUCCUACAAGGCUUCGUUGGAGGAAGACGAGUGA